GUGAUAGCCCUUGCUUAGACCACAACUCGCCCGAUUGGCCCAGGUCUUUUCAACGGCCCCAUUUCGGCUUCGUCUCAUUUAUAGCCUGUUUUACGCUCAUCAGGGCAGAAAAGCUGCAUAACAUACUGUGGUAACAAUUUAACCGGCUAGCCGCUGAACUUGCAAGCAGACCGGAACUAAUUGGCCCCACUGACUGGCCUGUUCGCCUGUUACUCAGUCAGGCAGGAUGCGUGCACCAUCAGUAUAGACAAGUCGAUUCGGCAAAGGCCCCGGCGGACUCGGCGCCAAGUGACUGCGCGAUCGGACCAUAGGCUUUUGCGUUGAGGAGCGUGCAGCAAUACUGCCAGCAUCUCUAGCAGCUUUGGAGGCAGCAGCAUGGCGCUGGUAGCGACGGACGCGCAGAAGAAGGCCAUGGAGGACCUGCUGCCGAACCAGGAGGACCUGCUCUAUGAGGAGGAGUUGGCUCGCAACCCUUACAACCUAAAGAUGUGGAUCCGCUAUAUCCAUGCUCGCGCGGACGCAGUGCCGAAGCGGAGAUAUCUGCUGUAUGAGCGUGCCGUCAGGGCCCUGCCCGGCUCCUACAAGCUGUGGCACGCCUACCUGACGGAGCGGCGGCUGGCGGUGCGCGGCCUGCGCCCCGACGAUGUGGCCUACGAGGCGCUAAACAACACCUUCGAGCGCGCACUGGUGUCUAUGCACAAGAUGCCGCGCGUGUGGCUGGACUACCUGCAGCUGCUGAUGGACCAGCGGCUGGUCACGCGCACGCGGCGCACCUUUGACCGCGCACUGGGCUCGCUGCCCAUCACGCAGCACGACCGCGUGUGGGCGCUGUACCUGAAAUUCAUUCACACGCCGGGCAUCCCCGUGGAGACGGCGGUGCGGCUGUACCGGCGCUACCUGAAGCUGGAGCCCACGCACGCGGAGGAGUACGUGGCCUAUCUCAAGGCCAAGAACCGCUGGGGCGAGGCGGCACGGAAGCUGGCGGAGCUGCUGAAUGACGACACGUUCCGCUCGCUGGAGGGCAAGAGCAAGCACCAGCUGUGGUUGGAGCUGUGCGACAUGAUCACCAAGCACCCCAAAGAGGUGGAGGGCAUGCGCGUGGACGCCAUCAUCCGCGGAGGCAUCCGCCGCUUUACCGACGAGGUGGGGCGGCUGUGGACCUCCCUGGCCGACUACUACAUCCGCCGCGGCAUGUUUGAGAAGGCGCGCGACGUGUACGAGGAGGGCCUGUGCUCCGUCAUCACCGUGCACGACUUCUCGCUCAUCUACGACGCUUACACGCAGUUUGAGGAGUCGUUACUGUCCGCCAGCAUGGAGCAGCUGGCGGGUGACGACGAGGACGAGGAGGGCGGCAAGGAGAAGGAGGGCGACGACGGCACGGACUUCUUGCUGAAGGACGACGGCAAUGACGUGGACCUGCGGCUGGCCCGCCUGGAGCAUCUGAUGAACCGGCGGCCUGAGCUGCUGUCGUCCGUCAUCCUGCGCCAGAACCCGCACAACGUGGCGGAGUGGCACAAGCGCGUCAAGAUCUUCACCGGCAAGCCCACCAAGCAGAUCCUCACAUACACCGAGGCGGUCCGCACCGUGGACCCGGACAAGGCCAUUGGCAAGCCCUUCACGCUGUGGUGCGCCUUCGCUAAGUUCUACGAGCACCACGGCGACGUGGCCAACGCACGCAUCAUCUUCCAGAAGGCAACCGAGGCGCGGCACAAGUACGUGGACGACCUGGCGCACGUGUGGUGCGAGUGGGCGGAGAUGGAGCUGCGCCACAGCAACUUCAAGCGCGCCCUGGACGUGGUGACGCGCGCCAUCACGCCCACGCCGCGCCCCGCGCGCAUGACGCCCGAGGAGGAGCGCGCGCUGCCAGUGGCGGACCGCGUGUACAGGAACCUGAAGCUGCACCUGAUGCACACCGACCUGGAGGAGAGCUUGGGCACGCGCGAGUCCACGUGCGCCGCCUACGACCGCAUUCUGGAAUUGCGCAUCGCCACGCCGCAGGUCAUCCUCAACUACGCGCUGUUCCUCACAGAGCAGAAGGCAUUCGAGGACGCGUUCAAAGUGUACGAGCGAGGCAUUGCGCUCUUCAAGUACCCGCACGUGAAGGACAUCUGGACCGCCUACCUGGCCGCCUUCGUUGAGCGCUACGGCGGCAAGAAGCUAGAGCGCGCCCGCGACCUGUACGAGCAGGCCAUCAAGGACGCGCCGCCCACGGAGUGCAAGCCGCUGUACCUGGAGUACGCCAAGCUGGAGGAGACGUACGGCCUGGCACGACACGCCAUGGACAUAUACGCGCGGGCGCUGGCGGCGGUGCCCAAGGCCGAGCGCAAGUCGGUGCUGGACCUGUACGUGAGCCGCGCCUCCGACUUCUUUGGGAUUGCCAAGGUGCGCGAGAUCUACGAGUCCGCCAUCGAGGCUGAGCCGCCGCACGAGCUGUCGGACGACGACGUGCGCGAGGUAUGCAUGCGCUACUCCGCGCUGGAGACCAAGCUGGGCGAGAUCGACCGCGCACGCGCCAUCUACGUGCACGGAUCCGCCGUGAGCCACCCCGACCGUGCGGCCGACUUCUGGGCGGCGUGGCGCGCGUUUGAGGUGCGGCACGGCAACGAGGACACGUUCAAGGAGAUGAUGCGGAUACUGCGGUCGGUCAAGGUCAGCUUCAGCCACACGCAAAUCAACUCCAUCGUGGACGCGGCGCGCCUCACCUCCAAGGCCGACGCCGAGGCAGGCGCAGGCGGUGCCGUGGCCGGAGCCAAGCGGCCGCGUGACGGCGGCGACGCCAUGGCGGAGCUCGAGGCGCAGGCGGUGGCGGAGAUGGGGUUGGGCGCGGGCGCCGCCGCGGGUGGCGCGGGCCGUGGCACGGCACUGUCCGGGUUCGUGUCAGCGGGCGUGUACCAGCAGGGCGCCGACAAGGACAAGGAAGGCGGUACGGCGGCGGCGCCGCAGCAGCGCAAGCCGGCACCAGUGGCUGCUAACCCUGAAGAGAUUGACCUGGACGCUGACGCGGACGACGACGGCGCCGGUGCGGGCGGCGCCGAGGACAUGGACGUGGCUGAGAAGGCGGUGCCCGCGGGUGUGUUCGGUUCGCUGGCAGGGCUGGCGGGCAAGGGGCAAGGAGAAGGCGGGGAAGCGGCUGCCAAGAAGCAGCGCACGUGAGGUAGCAGGGGGUGUUUGAGUGUCAGGAUGUGUGAUGGGACAGUGGCAAGGAUAUCUGUUUUGUGUUGAUGUGUGAUGGGACAGGGUUCAAGGCAGGUUGGCGAGGUCCCGUAGGGUGCAGCCGAUGCCCAGACCCGUAAGCAGACAGCAAACAGUUUGCAGUGGCAGAGCAGAAGUGCAUGGCUGGUCGAACGCCGGCGUUACUGUACCGACAAGUUGCUGGCUGGCUGGAAGUUUGCUGAUGCGCAUCUGUUUUGUGUUGAUGCUUGGUUUGAAGGCUAAGGGUGUGGAGGCAUGGCGUGUGCGGACUCAGGGCUGCGGCCUCGUCAAUCGGCUUGCCACAUGUCACUGCGAGGCCGAUGGUGGGUCGCCAAGUGUCCUGGACAUGGCCGCGGUCGGUUUCCACUAGCAGGCAUCAGCCAGGUGUCCGCCAGGCCAGCAAAGCAAGCACAACUCAGGCACCCACUGUGUCAAAUCCAACUACCCA